AUUUUUCAGGCUUUUCCUUCUUUCUUUUCUUUUAAAGAACAUGCCUCCAUUCAUGGCUAAUGAGAGUUUCUACGAAUCCGAGGACUCCUUCAUGUUACCACAUAUGGAUUCCAUGUCCAUCGGAUCUCUGGUCAUCUUCUCCAUCACCUUUCUCCUGGGCCUCCCCGGAAAUGGCUUGGUAAUCUGGGUCGUUGCUCUGAAAAUGAAGCGAACGGUGAACACGGUUUGGUUCCUGCACCUUGCCGUGGCUGACUUUGUGUGCUGCCUGUCCCUGCCUUUCACCAUUGUCCACCUGGCGCUGCAUCAGCAGUGGCCUUACGGGUGGUUCUUCUGCAAGAUUAUCCCAUCCGCCAUCAUCUUCAACAUGUUUGCCAGUGUCUUCCUCCUCACCACCAUCAGCAUCGACAGGUGCCUUGUGGUGAUGAAGCCUGUCUGGUGUCAGAAUCACCGGACAGUAAGGUUUGCAUCCGUGGUCUGUGGUGUUACCUGGUUCCUAGCUUUCGUUAUGUGUUUUCCUGCUUUCUUCUAUCGCGAACUCUCCAUUGAUGAAUCGGGCAAUGCCAGAUGUGUCUACAAUUGGCACGGAGAGGAAUAUGAGGAUGGAUGGCCAGAUUAUUUGUUUCCCGGCAACGAAGAGUUUUCUAGUCAACAGCCUACCUUUGAGGCUAGUAGCUAUGAAGAUAUUUCCACAGACGGAAUUUUGGAUGUGUAUUCAGGGUACCAUAUUCUUAAUACAGACAAAAGCAAGGCUUGGCAUUCUAGCACACCAAGCACUCUUGGCACGAAUAGAGAUACAGAUUCAUUGACGGUGGAAGUCACCAGCCCUGAAUACGCAUCACACGAAUCUUCCCACCCAGCUACUGCCAUAUCCAAUGUUAUUUAUUCCGAUCUUCCCGACUAUUUUCUUUUUGGCAAUUACUCUGGCAACCUCCCGACUAGCAAUGACUCGAUGGCAAUGCCUUUUUAUGAUGAGCCGCCAAGCGUUCUUGUGUCCAUUACCGUCACCCGAAGCAUCUUUGGUUUCCUCCUCCCCUUCGGAAUCAUGGCUGCCUGCUACGUCCUUAUUGCCCUCAAGAUGCUCAGAAACCGAUUUGCAAAGUCCCGCGUGAAGGCUUUACGGGUGAUCCUGCUUGUGAUAACCACUUUCUUUCUCUGCUGGGCUCCUUAUCAUGUCAUUGGGGUGCUGUAUCUCCUGGCUAACCCCAGCACAGCACUUUAUGAGACACUGGCUUUGUGGAACCAUGUUUCCACAGCAUUGGCCUAUGCCAACAGCUGCAUCAACCCACUUCUUUAUGUGUUUGUGGGGAAAAAAUUCAGGGAAAAAGCACGCCAGACAGUGCAAGGGAUUUUGGAAGGGGCGUUCAGUGAGGAAGGCACAUGCUCAACUGCCUUCUCCCAGGACAGAAGCAAGUCUACAGUUGACCGUGAUAUUGAUGUUUCCGUCCUCUAAAAUGGAGCUUCCAGGCAACUAAACUGUUCUUGCUGCUGUGGAUUCUUAAUUGGCACAGAUGUGGCCACUUUGAAUUAGUAUCUGGAGCUCUUGCAUAUAUAGAGAGCAGCCAUAUAUAGAGAGAAUCCCCUUUGUGCUGCAGUGUGAGUGGGUCAAGUGAAGUUCUGGGGUUACACCACAGAAGGGGAGAUGGGGACAACUGCCUAUCUUUGCAACAUGUGUGAUGGUGGUGGUAUCCAAAUUUGUCAAAAUUUUCUAGCACUGCAAAUGUGCCCGACAGUAUUACUUGACUUGUUAUAUAUUGUUUUCCCUGUUGAUGAAAGGAAGUAGCAUAGCCAUUUAUGAUGAGCCAGAAUAAGCUUUAGCGGUGGCACAGAAAUCUUGCAAAAAGUGUCAGCAGCUUUG